GCGCGGUGGCGUAAACGGGGUCUUUCUCCGACAUGGCUAACUAGCCACGACCAAGUCCAGUGCAUAUAGGGUUUGCUGGAAGGUGUUUGUGGGAAUGAGUGUCUUUCUGGAUUUAUGUGACGGGAACGGCUUAGGAGUCUAUAGUCCAGUUCGAAACGUCACUUCUGGUGUUGACGGAGCGAGAGUUAGCUCUUACUGGGUUUGUCUGUUUUUUCAAGGGUGCUGUCAGUGAAAUCGGAUGUAGUUUUUUUUUUUUUUUUUUUGCAUGGGCUUGUUCCUUGUCAACAACGUUAAAGGACAAAAAACUGACCUUCACCAAGGGGGUGUUAAAGCCGAAUUUCCUUGUGUGUUGCGCAAGUGAUGAACCCUCUAUGGAGUAUGUCUACAAGUUCUAAUCGCAAGCGCCCUGACAAUGAAGAUAAAAGUGUGACCGGAGAGCAGAAGAGCAGUCCUCCACGCACUUCUUCAGGCAAGAAGCAGCUUCCAUCUAUUCCCAAAAAUGCUGUGCCUGUAACGAAGCCCAUUUCUCCAACACAGUCUGCACAGUCUACAAACGGCACUCAUGCUUCCUAUGGACCAUUUUAUUUGGAGUACUCCCUACUUGCAGAAUUUACAUUGGUCGUACGGCAAAAGCUACCUGGGGUGUAUGUACAGCCAUCAUAUAGAUCUGCAUUAAUGUGGUUUGGAGUGAUAUUUAUCAGGCAUGGACUAUAUCAAGAUGGUGUGUUUAAGUUUACAAUCUACAUCCCGGAUAACUAUCCAGAUGGAGAGUCCCCUCAAAUGUCUGAAUUUAUUUUUUCACCUUGGAAUCCUACUGUGCACGAAGAAGCAAAAGAGAAGAUGCUAAGUCACAAGCGCAAAUCAGAUGAUCAGUCAAGCAAGGUCAUGCACAUAACUGGCCUGUCUUGGGUGAAGCCCGGUUCCACACAACCUUUUAGCAAAGAUGAGAAAACAAUACAAACAUAAAUUUCUUCCAAGUACCAGCGCACCUUGCACUUUCUGGUAGUGAAGGAAGUGGAAUAUUACAGACUGCAAAAAAGAGCUCUUUUCCUGCAGUGUCAGGACUUGUAAAUGUUAGAUUUAAAAAUUAAAGAAACUGUAUGGUUGAAAGUCUUCAAAAACGGUGAUUCUUUUUCCAACUGUCAUCCUUAGUGACAUAUGCAUUUUUUUUAAAUCGUCUUGGCCCCAGUUAUGAUGGUCUCACAGAAACACUAGCUGAAUUACAAUGGUUUUGCUGAAAGUUGAGGCUUUUUUUUUUACGUUUCCACAUUUGGAAAAGAUUUUAUUUUGCAUUUUAUUAAUACUACCUUACAGGUAGUGACAGGUUAAAGUCUUAAUGCAUCAGUUAGAACCACAUUCAGUAUGGUUAGUUUUAAUAGCAGUUGACAGUAUUUUACAUAUAUAAUGCAAUGUUUGGGUUUAAAACUGUAAAUAUGUUUGCAUAGAGAACUGUAAAUAUCUAGUUUACUAAUUCUGUAUCUAGCACUUUGAGGUGGGAAACAGUUGUCCAUGACUAAUGUGGACAAAAGGUACCUUAUUUAUACUCAAGUUUGGUGCUCAAGCACACAAAAUGGCCUAACCAAGUAGGCAUUACUACAUGACUUUACCAAUGCUUUUAUGGGGUACAACAUUUUCAAGCAAAAUCCAGCAGAAAUGGUUCUUUUCAUGUUUUUUCUAGGACUGUUAUACUUAAAUGCUUGUUAGGCCAGGCUGCAGGUCUGUGGUACUUGGCCUUUUAUCAGGAUUUAUUGUGAAAAGUAAGUGUACAACAUUGGGACUGCAGUGUGAUUUACUAGUGAUCUGAUCUUUUUUAAAUAAACUUGGCUACCAUUUUCUUUUAA